UCGGCUCCGUUGACACUUUAUGGAUACACAGCAGGGUUUGGGUUUCCAGCCAACUGACUGCUGCCGUGUACUGGAGGGGGUUCGGCUGAACCGGUUCACUUUUUAAAUACUGGAGACUCUGUGUGCAGCGUUGAGCCAUGUCUCCAUCAGUGCCCCUACAGGAGAUGAUCCGGGCCAUCAGGUCAGCAAGGACGCAGUGUGAGGAGCGGGGUGUCAUCCAGAGGGAGUGUGCAGCCAUCCGGGCACAGUUCAGACAAUCGGACAAUGGAGGGCGAUCGCACAACCUGGCCAAGCUGCUCUACGUGCACAUGUUGGGCUACCCCGCUCACUUUGGUCAGAUGGAGUGUGUUCGGAUGAUAGCCAGCCCUCGCUACAGCGAGAAGCGCGUAGGAUAUCUGGGGGCCAUGAUGCUGCUGGAUGAGAAGCAGGAUGCCAGCCUGCUCAUCACCAACUCCAUCAAGAAUGACCUUUCUCACAGUAACCAGUAUGUGCAGUCUCUGGCUCUGUGCACGCUGGCCUGUAUGGGUUCAGCUGAGAUGUGCAGAGAUCUGGCACCAGAGAUUGAUAGGCUGCUCCGAGCCUCCAACUCCUACAUAAAGAAGAAGGCUGCUCUGUGUGCUGUUCACAUUGUGAGAAAGGUUCAUGAUCUGGGGGAGCUUUUCACCCCUGCAGCUCGGUCCCUCCUUGCUGAGAAGAACCACGGUGUGUUACAUGGUGCUGUGGUACUCAUCACCGAGCUGUGUGAGAGGAAUCCAGAGACACUGGAGCGGUUCAGAAAGACAGUGCCAGAUCUGGUUCAGAUCAUGAAAGGUCUGGUCAUUUCGGGUUAUUCUCCAGAGCACGAUGUGGCAGGAAUCAGUGAUCCCUUCCUACAGGUACGCAUCUUGAGGUUGCUGAGGAUUCUCGGUCACCAUAACGAGGCAGCCAGUGACGCUAUGAACGACCUACUAGCUCAGGUGGCGACCAACACUGACAGCACUAAGACUGUGGGCAACGCUGUGCUGUACGAGACUGUUCUCACUGUGCUGGACAUCAAGUCAGAGAGCGGCCUCAGGGUUCUGGCUGUGAACAUCCUGGGAAGAUUUCUUCUGAACAAUGACAGGAAUAUUCGGUACAUUGCCAUGAUCUCUCUUCAAAAGAUUGUUGGGACAGACCACAAUGCAGUGCAGCGUCAUCGGGGAACCAUAGUGGACUGCCUGAAGGACCAAGACGCUUCUGUCAAGCGCCGUGCGUUGGAUCUCUCCUUGGCGCUGGUGUCAGCCUCCAACGUCCGUUCCAUGAUGAAGGAGCUGCUCCUCUUCCUUUCCUCCUGCCCCCCUGAGCUCAGGGCUCAAGCUGCCAGCGGCAUAUUCAACGCUGCAGAGAGGUAUGCACCCUCCCAGCGCUGGCACAUUGACACCAUCCUGCAUGUCCUCACCACGGCAGGGGGCGACGUGAGAGAUGAAACGGUGCCCAACUUGAUCCAGCUUAUCACCAACGCCUCAGAGCUGCACUGUUACACCGUCCACAAGCUGUACCGGGCUCUGCUCACUGACAUCUCUCAGCAGUCCCUGGUGCAGGUGGCGUGCUGGUGUAUAGGAGAGUAUGGAGACCUGCUGCUGAGAGGAGAGUGUCAGGAGACUGAGCCCGUUCAGGUCACCGAAGAUGACGUCCUUGACGCCUUGGAAACGGUUCUGCAGUCCCACAUGUCGUCCCCGGCGACCAGAGGCUUUGCUCUCACCGCCACCAUGAAACUGAGCACACGCAUUACCGAUAACGUGGAUCGUAUCAGAAGCAUCGUCAGCAUCUACGGCAGCUGUAUCGAUGUGGAGCUCCAGCAGAGGGCAGUUGAAUACAAUGCUCUGUUCAGAAAAUACGACCACAUGAGGGCAGCAGUGCUGGAGAGGAUGCCGGUGAUUGAAAAGAACUCGCCGGGUCAUACCAACGGAGAGUCAACAGGGGAGCCCAUCAAGGACAUCCAACCAGUCAAAGUCAAACAGGGAGAGCCACUGCUGCUACAACAACCUGCUAACCAGGUGUGUGAUCUGUUAGACCUGCUGGGAGGCUCUGAGGAGACUCUGCAGCCCAUUCCAGCAGUAGGAGGUACAGCACCUGGCCUGCUCACCAACACCUCUAGCACUACUGGAGGAGACCUUCUGGAUCUACUGGGAGGGUUAGAGCCUGCACCCCCCGCACCAGCUCCCACAGUGCAGGUGUAUGAGAAAGACGGCGUGGCUUUGACUCUAAGUUGUGAGAAACAGUCAGACUCGGGCAUGACAGUCACACUGACAGCCUCCAACUCCACUGACUCAGACAUCAGCAGCUUCACCCUGCAGGCUGCAGUGCCCAAGAGUGUCCAGUUACACAUGAAGGCCCCCAGUGGGGACUCUCUUCCUGCACGAGGCGCAGCUAAGGUGACCCAGAUGGUAGUCCUCAACAACCCAAACAAGGUGAAUCUGAAGAUGAGAAUCCGCAUAUCUUACAGCAGCCAUGGAUCAGCCUUUCAGGAUACAGUCCAGAUCGACUCCUUCCCUGGACUCAGUGCUGCCGGCCACUGACGGCGGCCAUUCGGUUUGACAGGACUAUGACAGCACUGUGUGGAUGAGUCAGCAGGCAUCGCCCCUUGCUGACGGAAGGUUUUUUUCUGCUGUCACACCCUCUACACUACAGUCCAAUCUGCUGUCUCCUAAAUUCCUGAUUUUGUUGGGUGUUUUUAUGGCUGAAGAACCCUGUUCUUUCACAGGAAACCACGGCCUCGUACAUGAGCUCACAUAUUUUCCCACUUCUCUGGAGUCCAUGUGUAAAUGUGACUGAUGGCACAAGCUUUUGGAAUAUUAGUUGUUUCUCUGGGGUUUUUGCAACGACAACUGUCCGUAAUAACUUUGUACCAUUCAGGUUUUUAAGCUACUAAAGCUCAUUGUAGUUGUUUCACUCCAUACAUAUUUAUUCUUGUGGCUCCUGUCAGUCAGUAUGAGCCCCUAAAUCAACUGUCCUCCUCACACUCUCAUGUCUACUCCCUUUGAAGUGAUUUCCUUUAUGAAACAUUUGCCUUUAGCAUCUUCACUUUGUUUAAAAGCAGCUAAAUACUUACUAAUGAUCCACUACUAUUAUGAAAUGCUCUAAUCCAGUAUAUUUGAUUUUACUGGCUAACAGAAGGACAUUAUUGAAGGAUUCAGGAUUUUAAAGACAACCUCGUGUUGCAUUCACUGGUCUUCUGUUGCUCCUAUUUUUCAUGCCUCAUUCAGCUGAACUGAAUAUCCACCUCCUAAUUAAUCCCCCUGUGCCUUUCAUCCCCUCAAGAACCCUCAUACAAAAAAUAUUUAGUUUUGGAGGCCAAGAAAUAGUUUUAAAUGUCAGUAAUGUAUAAAUAUGAACAGAUUUUUAUCCCUCUCCCUCAAGCAACACUUUUCCUGAUCAGAAUCACCGUGACUGUUUACAGAGGCUCCUGAGUUAUUUUAUUUUCUGAAGACUGUGUAUACUGAUACAAGAAGAACAAUAGACAUCAUACUGUCUGCAAGAUGUAUAUUUUACAUAUUAAGUAUAUGAGCACACUUACAAGUGUUUGAAGUCUUUGGAAAUUCUCUGAUACAACCCUUUGUUGUAGAAGGACAGAAAAGUAAACACGUGCAUCAGCUUAAUUUGAUAACUCAUCUCACAAUCACGGACCUCUAAUAAAAACUGGUACUGGAUGUCAGCAAUGGUGCUCUCAGUGGAUUUCAGUGCAAUCUCUACCAGACUGUUUCAGAUCACUACCUUAACUAAACUGUAAAAAGAAGACCAGGAUGAGUAUUUUUAGUUGCAAAAACUGUCUUUAAAUCUUCUGUUUCAUGUCAUUUUCUAAUAAAAAAAAAAAUCAGUUUUCAGAAUCA